CGAACAAAGUUUAGCUACUGCAUAGUCCAGUCCCAACUCAGUCGCUAUGAACACCAUUGACAUCUGUCACGCUCCAUUCAGAGACUCUACUUUCAGGUAACCCUCUUUGCUGGUCGUCCUUGAUCGUCGCUGAAAACCUGAUGCUGGCCAUGACCUUGUUGGCGCUAUAUCGGAACCUACCCCCGGGGUCCCUAGAGAGCCUCCCGGUGCAAGGGACGUGAACGUAUACAGAUAGUAGGCAAAUAACAAUAACGGACUCCCCCAAGAAUAAUCGGUCGAUCGUCAGGCCAUAUUUUCUUCUUUGUCUCCGUAGCCUGGCAACACUACUUCGGUAGACACACUCAUUCGCCACAAAGACUUACUCGAGACGUGACCGGACCGAAACAGCCAAGAUGCCUACCGGUGAAGUCGACCAGACGUUCCUCGAUGAAAUAUGGGCACUCUACGCCGUAGGUAUGGCUGUUUUGAUCUUGCGCUUCGUUGUGCGGUUCAAGUCGGUUGGUAUGCGGGGCAUGCAAGGCGAUGAUUUCUUCGCUCUGCUGGUGGCAUUAUUCUACACAUUAGAUGCUGCAACGGUACAUAUAGUCUAUUACGCCGGCACAAACGUCGAGGCAUCAGUCGUUCAAGCUACUCGAGCCCUCACCGAGGAGGAGAUCGCCCAGUACGAGUACGGAUCCAAAAUCGAGCUGGUGGCUUGGUAUUCGUAUACAGCAUUAAUCUGGUGCCUUAAGGGUACUAUGUUGUGCUUUUUCAAACGAAUGACAACUGGUCUUUGGCAACAUCGCUUGGUAAAAUGGCUCAUGUGGGCUUGCGUAGCAUCUUACAUUGCCGUGUUCCUCACUAUCACGUUCGGGUGUUUUCCUACUCAGAAGAACUGGCAGGUUACGCCAGAUCCUGGCUUGAAGUGCACUUUCAAGAUGCAAAAUUUCCUGGUCUCUGUCGUGCUGAACGUCAUAACUGACGGUGCGAUUCUUUGUAUUCCCCUGCCAUUGUUGUGGACGCUUCAGGUGCCAAUCAAAAAGAAGGUCAUGAUCGGCCUGCUUCUAUGUUCCGGACUGUUCGUCAUCACCGCAGCUAUCAUCCGCGUCGUGCUCACACUCGGUUCCCACCCUUCGGCACUCAACGUCAACCGCUGGGGUGUCCGCGAAACCAUCGUCGGCAUCAUCACCGUGAACAUCCCGAUACUGAGACCCAUGUUCAGCAAGACCUUCUGGAGGACCGGACAGGUCACCUCCCCGACCGGGAGCGGCAACACCAACACUGGCGGGCGCAACGGCACGCUCGCCACCGGGCAUGGGCCGUACGAGAUGGCGAGCAGCAUCGGGGGGGUCAGCCGCGACCGCAAGGACAGCUUUGGCGGAAGCGAGGAGUGCAUCAUCGGCAAGAACAGCAAGGCCGUCAAGCCCGGCGAGAACGACGUCGUCGUACAAACAAUGUACCAUGUCACCAGCGAGGAUGUUGCACCCAGCCAAGCUGGUCGUGACUGGGAUGCCCACGGCGGCCAUACUAAGGCAGUGGCGUAUGGAGGCAGCAAUGCGGUAUGAGAGACAACAAGAAUUAGACCGAUGACUUUCUGGCAACACGUCAUAAAUUAAUUGUUAUUAUCGCAGUGAGACUAGCGAACCACGGUGCAUCAUAUCGUUCAUUAGAAGAUGCCCCUGGGACAGCCUUGGUCUCCUGUACGAUAGAACGAAGUAGCCAGGGCGAUAUCCUUAGCCCCGUCGUACAACAAACAAGUCUCGAGCAACACUCGUCGAUGGUAGCGUCGAGAUGAACGGGUC